AUGUUUAAUCUCAGUUUAAUUCUACUUAUCACAAUUCAAUUGAAACGCAUUGAAUCUCAGAUCACAUAAUCAUGUCAAUUUUUUUCUAACAAUCCCAAGGGAUGCAUUCAAAAAACAAUUGGAAAUUCAUGUACUAAUUAAGUAAUGUAGGUAAUUACAGACUUUUUGAGGGUGUGUGUAUAAUUGAAAAGAACACUAAUCUUGGUUGUAUUGGCACAUUAAAUUAAGAAGCUUGUAUUAGUUAAGAAACCAACUAAUAGGGAAGAGAAGUUCAAUGUAUUAUAUACAAUAAAUUUAGGCGCAUUUAAUAUGAAAUGUUAACCUGUUUUGAGUUCAUAGUUGGCAAGCAAGGGUUGCUUCUAAUAUUAUAAUAAAUAUGCAUGCAUGAAUGUAAGGAAUGCAAAUUGUUAUUGGGAAAAUAAUUAAUGUUAGCUAUUGGUAGAAAUAAGAGAUACAGCAAAUACAUGUGAGGAAGCUUAUUAAACUUCUGUUACUCAUUUAACUUGCUCUAAAUUAAGCAAUUUAUUUUGUAUAAAAUGAAAAAAUAAUAUAGGUAUGAGUUCAGGAUUUGAAGGUUAAUAUAAAUGUGUCAGUGUUUAAGAAAAAUAAUUAAAAGUUUUAAAAUGCUCUUAAUUAGGGUUGACAAAAAAUGCUUGUCUAUCUAUUCAAACAGAAGGAUAAAAAUGUAAGAAUGAUUUAAAUAUGAAAUAGGUAUCUUUGAAAAUUAGAUCUGCAGAGAUGUUAUAGAGUAGGAAAUAAUGAAUUGUAAUAUGAAUUUAAAUCGGGAAGCAUGUUUGUCUAUUAAAAAUUCUAAAAUUACUUGUUAAUGGAUUAAAGAAUCUUGCUAAUCUUUUGAAGAGUUAAAUUGGAUUUAGAAUAAUGAAAUUUUGGAAGUUAAUAUAAACGUCUGUCAAACCAUUUAAGGAUUAUAUAGAUAUGAUAAAGAAAAUAGGAAAUGCAUAAAAAUUUAAGAGUUUGAGGAAUUUAAUUGUAAUACACUUGGAUUGUCUAGAGAAGGAUGCUUACUAAUAAAAGAUUAAAAUUGUUCUUUUUAUUAAGGUUAUUGUAAGGUUUUAAAUGAAUAAGAUCUUGAAACAUAUUAAUGUAAUAUGGAAUUGAAUGAAAUGGCAUGCGUAAAUCUAAAAACUCAUUUUCAAUAUUGUAAAUGGAAUGGUAAUUCUUGCGAGGGAAUGUUUAUGAAUUAAGAUAUUAAUUGUCCUUUGAAUUUAGAGGAUGAAUCUAUUAAAGUAAAUGGAAAUGUAUGUAAAGCAAUAUCAAGUUCAGAUGUUGUAUGUAAAUAUAAUUCAAAAACUAAUUUAUGUAUUGCUAGUUCUAUUAAUGAUUCAUGUAAUACUCCAUAUUUGAAUAAAAAAGGGUGUCUUAGUAUUGCUAAUAAUAAGUAAGCAUGUUAAUGGUCAGAUAUAGGUUGCAUUGAGGUAAAUGUAAUUUAGUUUUUUACAAGUUGUGAAAGUUUAGGAUAUGCAAAUGCUUAUGCUUGUUCAUAAGUUUAUGAAAAUAAUAAAAUAGGUUGUUAUUAUGAUAAGAUUAUGGAGAAAUGUAUUCCUUUACAGAUAAAGGUUGAAUAGAAUUCAUCAGAAGAAUAAUUAAAUAAAUAAAGAUUAGAUCUUUAAUUAUUGGAUAUUUUAAGUUGUUAGAAUGAUUAAUUGGGAUUGAAUAGAGUAGCUUGUGGAUCAAUAACAAAAAAUGGAGUGGCAUGUAUGUGGAGCUAAAAUAAAUGUUAAUAUAUUGAAAGGAAGGCUAGUAUUUCAUCUAUACCUUGUUUACAUUUAUAAUUUGCAAAUGCUAAAGCCUGUAGUUAUGCAGAAUAUUAAAAGGAAGUUUGUAGAUAUAAUGAAGAUUCAACUUCAUGUGUAACAACAGCUAAAAAUGGUAUGGAGUGUAGAGAAAUAGGAUUAAAUCGUUAUGGAUGUAUGAUAGCUGUAGGAUUUUGUUACUUCAAUGAAGAACUAUCUUAGUGUUUGAAUGAUGAUUCAUCAAGCAUUACUGAAUAAUUGACAUGUGAUAAGAAUUCGCCAUCACAACCAAUGUGUUUGAGUAUAACAAAAAAAGGUGAAAACUGUAAAUGGUAAUAAAGUAGUGGAAAAUGUUCGAAGGUCAACAUACCUUAUAACAGCAAUUGUCUUUCGUUUAAUUCUUAAGGGGUUUAAGUGAAUUCAAACACAUGCACUCAAAUUGAAAUGAGCUUUCCAGAUUAUGAUAUAUUAAAAGGGAAAUAACACAGUGAAAAUUAUGGUUAUUGCUCAUAUAAUUAGAAUCUGAAUAUCUGUUAAAUUAAAACUGAUUACUGUACCACAAAAUGUUGUACAGAGGAUAAAGCUAUAGGAAUCAAUGCUCAUUCUUGCAGUAGAUAUUCCAGUUAAGAACCUGAUGUAUAUUGUUAUUUUGAAGAUGGAAUAUGCAAAGAACUACUUCAUGAUGUAGUUAACAUUAGUGAUUAAAUGGCAGUAUGGACUUACUAUAAUUAUAAAUAAUUCAGAUGUUCUCAAAUGAAUCGUAAUUCUUGUCAUAUGAUUGAUUGGAGUACAAGUUAAAGAUGUGCGCAUUUUGGAACAUCUUGCAUUAAUAUUAAUUUAUAAGAGUUUUCAACCCUUACAUUUCUUACUUAGGAACCAACUAGAACAAAUAAGAAUACAUGUUUUGCAAUUGAGGCAUUUUCAAAGGAGGAAAAAUAUUUUACUUUUGAUGAAGAAAAUCUAAGAUGCAAGAGCUUAAAAUUGACAUCAGAUACUCCAUUUACUAAUUGUGAGGAUGCUAUUGGAAAUAGAAAUGUUUGUUUAAGAUAUACAGGAAAUAAUUAUUGCAAAUGGAAUCCUGAAAAGCUCAAAUGUGAAACAAUUCUUAAUUAUUAAAUUGAUGAUAUUUAAAACUGUGAAUCAUAUUUGAACAUUAAAGCAUGUAUAGAAAAUAAAACUAAUUCAUGUUUUUUUUCUUAUGAAUCUGAUAAGUGUCAAAAUGCACCAAUAGAAGUGGAAUGUGAUUUUUUCAAUAAUUUAGGAAUGAUUAGUGAAAAAGUAUGCAAACUAAUUUCUAAAUCAGGAUAGAUGUGUCAAUUUAAGAAUUAUUAAUGUGUUAGAUUUGAAAUCUAUUAAUCUAAAUGUGAUGUUUCAGGAGCCAAUGCAAUAUCAUGUUAUAACAAUAUGAAUGGUAAUUGUAGAUGGGAUAGUAAUACUCUAUAAUGUUAUGAGAAUUUCGCUGAUAUAAAUGAAUUAUAUUGUUCAAGCAAUUUAAAUAAGGUUCUUUGUUUAAAAGUAGUCAAUGAACCAUGUUUUUGGAAUGAUAAUGAUAUAUAAUGCCAAAAAUUCAAUUUUAUCACAAAUGUUGAAUUUCUAAAAUUAAAUUCUAAUAAUUUAUAUACAAAAGAUGCUUGUUCAUUAAUAACUGGGAUAGGAUAUAUUUAUUAAUCUGAUAAAUGUGUUGAAUUACCAGAUAAAUAGAACACAAAUGAUUGUUAAAAAUAUUGGAUGAAUGAAUAUGCUUGUCUAUAUUUAACAAGAGGAUUCAAAUGUUAUUAUGAUCCAUUAGAGAGAUUUUAAAGAAUGAAAUGUAAACCAUUUUCAGGAGACUAUUCUAAAUGUUAUGAUUAAAAUUUAUCAAUACUGAUCAAUAUUGAAGUCUGCAUGGAUAUACCUUAAGCUUGUGUAUUUGAGUAAAGCAGUUUAAGAUGUGUUCCAUUUGAAGUGAGUCCCUAAGAAAAAUGUUCCAAUUUGGCUAAAAGUAUAGAUGAAAAGAAAUUUCAUAAUAAAAUAGUAUGUUCCUCUAUAAAUCCAGAUCUCACUGAUAAUUUUGGUAAUCAGUAAUGUUUUCAGGAUCAAAAAAGCUUUUAAAAAUGUUUAUAUGAGAAGUAUUGCUUUUGGAAUAAAUUAUUUUAUUCUUGCAGUAUAUAUGUUAAUCUCAUUACAGCUUUUGAUACAAAUCAUUGGAUAAAAAAAGAAUUAAAAGUAUGUACAAAUUAGAAUUCAGAAUUUGAAACUUUCGACCAAGGAUGUUCUUAUUAAAUUAGAGAAAAUGAUGGACUUAAAUUUAUAGGAAAACAAUAAAUAGCUAUACCACAAGAGUGCAAAAAUACGAUCUCUAAUUCUACAACUUGUUAAUCAAAUGAAAAUUGUGAACCAUUUUAAAAAAGUUAUCUUUUAUUAGAUUAUAUUAAUGGUAACAUGACUUUAACAUUUCCAAAUAAUGUUACAUAAACUUGUGAAAAACGUUGUGGAUUUUAAGGUUAAUAAACUAAUUUUUGUAAUUAAGAUUCAGAUUGUGGUACAGAGUUUAUCACAAUAAAUAAUUUAGUAAAUGCUUUUCUAUAGAAAUGUAGAGUAAUGAAAAGAAGAUGGAAAAUUGUCUAUACAUAUAAAUAUACAAUAAAAGAUGAAGUAAAUGAUAAUGAUACUUACACAGAAAUAGUGAGUAAAAUAGAUGGUAAAAAUAUAACUCAAUAUAAUGUAAGUGAAAUAGCAUCUUCAGAAAUACAGUAUGAGCCUGUAAAAGAGGAAGAUUGCGAAGAAGAUGAUAAAGGUUGUUACUGUAAGUAUACAAAGGAAUUUUGCAAAUAUGAUAAUGAUUGUACAAAAUAGGUUGACUAGAGGUGGAUUUAUAAAAAGAAAUGUAUACCUCAAGAUUUUUAUUAAAAAUAACCUUAUUGUCUUUAAAAAAUAUUAGAGAUAGAGUAAUGUGACAAUAUAUAUUCAAAAGCAUUAUGUCUUGAGAUGGUAAAAUAGAGGUGUUAUUUUGAUAUUUAAUAAGGAGGAUGUCGUUAAUUGUAGGGGAAUGAAGAUAAAUUACCUGAUUGUAGUAGUAUAUCGAUGGAGAGUUGCUUACUUAGUAAAACAAAAAAAAUAGCAUGUUCAAAAGGUGAGAAAUCUACAAAACCUGGUGAUACAUGUUAUAGUAUUAUAAAAGAGUAUAAUGAUUGUAAGGAAAUGUAAUUUUAUAAUUCAUAUUAUGUUUGUCAAAAAGUAAAAAAAGAAGAUGCAUAAAAUUCAUUAUGUGCAAGAGCUACAGAUGAAUGUAGAUUUAGUGGAAGUUUAUGUGUAAAUGAACCAUUAAUAAAUUAAGAUGGUACUUGUAAAUGUGAUUCAAGUUACAGUAAAACUUUAUGUGAGAAGUGUGGUUGUGAUUUUACUUUAUUAGGAUAUUGUUAAUAAAGUAGAUAAAGUCUUCAAGUAAGGUAAGAUAAUUCUAAUAAAUACUAUUUAUGUUAUGAGGUGAAUUUAUUAGAUUUAAAAGAUAUUAAAUAAAAAUAUUAAGCUUGUGCAAGUAUUCCAUAAGCAUGUAAAUUCACAGAUUAAUGUGAGGAUGCUACACAUGAUACAUGUGAUGAUCUAUUAGGAAUGAUGGUUGUUUCUUUAAAGGCAUGUUAAAAAUGUUUAGAUUAACCUGCUAAAUAUGAUCCUAUUAGAUAUUAUUGUCUUAGUUUAAAUGAUGAUACUAUAGUUACAACCUGUUAAAAUUUAAAUAAAUCAUCUUGCCUCAAGAAUCCAAAUAGUUUUAAAUGUAAAUGGGAAUAAUCUGAUUGUAUUUAAAUUGAUACACUCAAAACAACAGAUAAGGUAGAUUGUUCAAUAUUAAAUUAAAAUGCUUGUUAUCUUAAAUAAGUCAAUGUAUGUUGGUUUGAUCCUGAAUUUAGAAUGUGCACUGAAUUUAACCCUUUUAAAGCUAGAUGUGAAUUUAUUAAAGAUUAACAAACACUUUGUAAUCUUUCCAUGCAUGAAAAUUGUAUUUGGCAAAAUCAAUAAUGUAUUAAAUAAGAUAAAAUACCUCCUAAUAUAUGUGUGGGAUUGAAUAAAUAUGCUUGUUUAAAUCAAAAAGACAUACCUUGUGGAUGGUCAAGCUAAUAAGUAUGUGUGGAACUCUAAAAUAUUCUUAAUUUUGGCAAUUUUAUUUAAAGUGCUUAAACAAAUUCAAUUUUACAAUUCAAUUCUUAAACUUGUGCUAUGAUCACUGAAUCUAAAAACUAUUUACUUGAUAAAUAGUUUUAAUGUAAGGAAGUGUCUGUAAUAGAUUUUAUAGAUUGUAAUACUCUUGGUAUUAAUUAAUAGGCUUGUAUCUAAAAAUCUAUAGGAAAAUGCAAAUAUUAAAAUAAUAGUUGUUAAAUAGCAUUGGAAACCGACUUUGGUUGUUAAAGUUAUUUAAAUAAAGAAGCUUGUUUAAAUCAAAAAGAAAAAUGUUAAUUCAUUCAAAAAUGUGAAUUAUUUUAAAAUCCAACUUUGAGUCUUUUAGAAACAAUAAAUUACUCUUAUUCAGAUUAUGUAUGUCUAAUAGUUGAUUUAGAAAAUAAACAAACAACUAGUCUAAUAUAUUUAAAAUCUAAAGGUUAAUGUAUAAAUAUUUCAGAUUAAGAACCUUCUAUUUUAAAUUGUUAUCUUAGAGGAAUUAAUAGAAAUGCUUGUUUAUAAAAAACAGCGGUUUUAUGUGAAUACAAAGAUAAUCAAUGUUAAGCAUUAACUAAAUCAAGUUAAUCUCCUUGUUCAGAUACUUUAAAUUGGUUGUCAUGUACUUUAAAUGAACCUUUAUGCAAAUUUGAGAAUUUUAAUUGUAAAGAAUUAUAAACUACUGAUAAUUGUGAAUCAUUAGAAUUAUCUUAAGCAAUUGUUAAUGAAAAAGUGUGUGUUAAAACUGAUGAUGUUCCAUGUAAGUAUGAUUCUAAAACCAGACGUUGUUCCAAAGUAACUAGUAGAGAUUAAAAAUGUUCAAUUGUAGGUUUGAAUAGAAAGAGUUGUAUCUUCUUUACUGAUGGAUCAGAAUGCAAAUUUGAUAGUAACUAUUGUAUUCCAUUCUAUAAAUAAGCCAAAUGUACAGAUAGUAUUAAUAAGGAUAAAUGUCUAAAUUUAAGAGAUAGAACUCAAAAUUGUCAAUUUGAUUCUACAUACGGGUGCUUACAGAUCAAAACAGAUCCAAAAAUAUGUCUCAAAGAUUUUUAAACUAAUCCAUCUACAUGCUCUCAAGCUACAGACAUUCCAUGUUACUACAAUCUUGAUACAAAAAAAUGUGAAAAUUUCAUUAAUCCAUCUAAAUUUGAAUCUGUAUCUGCAAGCUUAGAUUGGUCUAAUAGAGUAUCAUUCAAUAUACUCACCUGCUAAAUGUACGACGUAGAUGAAAGAAAAACAUUCUGGGAUGAUGGAUGUUAAGAAGCUACACAAAAAUAUCUAAUUACUUUAUAAUGUAACUAAUUCUUAAAUUAUUACUCAUGUGUUAAUUUAUAAACACCUUUAUAAUAUUGUUAAUUUAUAAAUAAUUAAUGCUAUGAAAAAGAUUGGUAUUCAUUCAAAGAUGAAGAAUGUGAAACUAUUUCAAAUAUUAAUAAUGCUAAUUUUUGUUAAAUUACUACUAAUGUAGAAUGUAAAUACGAUCUAUUAACUAAAAAUUGUAAAAGAGUUCAAUCCAAUGAAAAUAUUUAAUGUGAAGAUGGUUAUUCAUAACUAUAUGGGUAUAAUAAGAAAGCAUGUGAUUUAAGCAAACUUUGUAUAUUUAUUGACAAAUGUCUCUAGUUUGAUCAUAAUAAUUUAUAUUAUUGUUCAUAAGCAGAUUAAGUAGAUUAAUGUAAAAAUAUUAUUCUAGAGGGAUGUUAUUUAAAUUCAUCAUAAAAAUGCUCAAUAAUAACAACUGAAUUAUCUUAAAAUCUAUAAUGUUUUUAAGUGUAAAAUAAAGUCGGUUGUAUUUAAUUAUAAACAUAAGAAUAGAAUUGUAGAUACUAUGAUGAUAAAUGUAAUAAUGAAAACAUUGAAGAAUAUAAAUAUAAAAAAUGUUUAGAAAUUACAUAGAUAAAUAAUUAUAAAUUUUGUGAAUAAACCUAAGAUAUUCCAUGUGUAUUUGAUCCAACAAUUAAUUCUUGUAUUUAAGCCAAUUAAGUAUCUCAAGAUUUAACAUGUCAAAGAGGAUUAAAUAGAAAAGCUUGUAUUCCUUUAAAUUCAACAAGUAAUUAUUAAUGUUAAUUCUUUAAAUAUUGUUAUGGUAAUAAUUCUGAAAUAUUGAAUUGCCCAUCUAAUGAAAGCGAAUGUUGCUAAAAAGCAGUAACAAAGGAAUCUUGUUUAUUUUAAACUAAAUUUAAAUGUUAAUGGAAUAAUAAUAGUUGUAUAUAAUAUAGAGAAUAAUAUUCUGUAUGUAAUUCUAUUUUUAAUGCUUCAAGAAAUGUAUGUUAUUCACUUUUGGAUAAAUUCUGUAUUUUCGAUGAAAUUAAUCAUAAAUGUAAAGAAAUUGUUCCAGAAUAUUGUGAUUAAGUUUAGAAUCCUUAAUAAUGUAGUAGAAUUCCUAUAAUUCCAUGCUAUUGGAAUGAAGAUGAAUGUUAAUUUAAAGAAAAAAAUAAAGCAGAUUCUUGUUCAAGUAUUACUAAUACAUUUGGCAACUAAUAAGCAUGCAUCUAAGUUGAAAAAAAUGGAUAAAUGUGUGCUUUUAUUGAUUAACAAUGUUAAACAUUUAAAGAAAUCAAAGAUGGCGACAAUUGUCUUAAUAAUAUUAAUAGAAAUGCUUGUUUGAUUUAAAGAUAGUCAGAAUGUUAUUGGGAUGAAGAUGUAUCGAAAGAUACGAAUAUAUAAUAUUGCAGGGCUUUUGAGAAAUAAGAGAGUUAAAGAUGUGAGAAAAAUUUAAGUUUUAAAUCUUGUUUAAAUAUAACAACAGCAAAAACUUAUUGUUAAUGGAGAAAUGAAUAAUGUGAAGCAAUAGAUAUUACUAAUAAUGACAAAAUUAUGAUAAAUUCUUUUUCAUACUUAAAUCCAAAUAGUUGUAGUUUAAUAAGAAAUAAAAAAGCAAUAAUGUAUGAUAAAAAAAGUAAUAGAUGUUUAGAAGUAAAGGAUGUAAAUGAUCUAUCAUGCAAUCCGAGAUAGCUUGGAAUGAAUAUUUAUGCUUGUUUAUAAGUUAAGAAUGAAUUAUGUAGUUGGGAAUAGGAGACAUAAAGUUGCUAGGAGAUAGAGAGAAAAAAGUUAAAAAAUAAAGAAAUUCAAGAUUCUUCGAUAAGUUGUAUUAGAGAGGGUAGAAGUGCAAAAUCAUGUUCUUUAUUGAAUAUAUAAAUGGGAUGUGGAGGUGGCACAUAUGGUUGUGAAUAAGUUGAUUUAAAUAAAGUGGGAUGUGAUCAUAUAGGUUUGAAUAAAUAUGGAUGUUUAAAUAUAAGUAGUUAAUCUUGUAAAUGGGUAGAAGGUUAAGAUGGAGAAAUAGAUCAUUGUGAGGAACAUUACCCAUUUGGUUUUUGUUCAGAAUAACCUGAAUAGGUGAAUGCAGUGUUAUGUUCAUUGGUUGAUAAUAAUGAUUCAUGUGUAUAUAAUAGAGAGUUGAAUAAAUGUGAAUAAGCUAGGAAAGAUUAUGAUAAUGUGAUUGGUAUAAAUGGUUAUGGAUGUGCAUAGAUUGAGAACUGCAUAUUUUUAAAAGGGAAAUGUAUAAGAUAUAAGUAAGAGUUAAAUCUUCGUUGUGAACAUGCUGAAAUAGCUAAUUAUAAGGUUUGUUCAUAAAUAGUUUAAAAUGAAUGUAAGUAUAGUGAACUUAAGAAUGGAUGUAUAUCUCCUAGUGAUAAUGAUAGCUGUUAAGAGUUAGGUAUGAAUUCUUUAGGAUGCAAUAAUAGAAGUCCUUUUUGUUCUUGGGAGAAUGAAAGUUGUUAAUGUGUUAGAUUAUUAGAAAAUAAAAAAGAUUGUUCAGAUAUAUUUGAUCAUACUGAAUGUGAGAACAAAAAUUAAUGCUAUUAUGAUGUUAUUAAUUCUUCUAAUCUAAUUUCUAAAGAUUUAAUAAAGCAAUAGAAUUUAGGGAUAUGCAAAUAAAAAUAAUGUAGUUAAAGAGAUAAUAAAAAUUGUGAAGGUUAAAUAGUAUAUGAUAUUAUUUGUUAUUUAGAUAAAGAAGGAAAAUGUCAAACUGCUAAGGAUUGCAGUGAUAUUUUUAAUUCUGUUUCAGAAUGUUCAAAGUAUUCAAUAAAAGAUAGAAUUUGUGUUGAAAAAGAUAAUAUAAGUAAUGUUUCUGAGAAUAAAAAUUAGAAUAGGCAAUGUGAAACAUAAAAGAAAUGUAAUUAAAUGGAUUCAAUCACUUGUCAAAAAAAUUCAAAAGAUUGUAUCCAAGUCAAUAAUUAAUGUAUUGAUAAACUAUGUUCUGAUUAUAAACAAUAGACUACUUGUAAUAUAAUGAAUUGUUAUUGGAGUAAAAGUAACAAAAAAUGUAUAGAAUAACCAAAUUGUGAACUCCAUCAAUCACAUGCUGAUUGUUAAGAUGCAUUUUAUCAAAAUCAAAAAUGUGGCUGGUUUAAAUAAAAAGAAAAUAAUAUUUGCACACUUGGAUGUAGAUAUCUCCCUCAAUAUUUUAUUAAUUGUUAAGGAACUUAAAUCAAUUAAUAUGUUUGUGUCAAAUCAAAAGGUGUAUGUACACAAUGUGAAGAAAUCACAGAUGCUUGUUAAUGCUUAGAUUAAUAAGAUUUUUGUUUUUAUGAUAUGCAUAAAAAUAUAUGUAGUUCUAAAAAUUGCCAAAGAUACGAUCAAAAAACUUGUCCAAACUCUAGAUGCUUUUUUUAUUCAUCUACAAAUGUAAUUAUCUCACAUAUUAUUUUUAGACAUGCUUUCCAUAAUGUAGAUUCAGAUACAAUAGUCAAGAAUGCAAAUUGUUUGAUAACUGUCUAUGGGAUUCAGAAACAAACUCAUGUCUUGAUAAAAUCGAAUCUCUACUUGAAGAAUAAAUACCAGAUGAUUUUAUACUAGAAGAUUUAAGACCUGAAGAAUUUCUAAUUCUUAUCGGAGUAAAAUUAAUAAUAGCUGUUUCCAUAAUCAGUCUAAUCCUUCUCUGAUAAAUAUCUAUUUCAUAC